AUGCCUAAAGAAAUAUUUAUCAACAAUAUACCUUACGGAGCCAACGCAAAUAAUGUAGUCGACGCAUUGGAACUGCACAUUAAAGGAAAAGUUAUUAGGUGUGAAUUAUCUGAAAACAAGCAAGGAAACCCUCGACACAUCAAUGGUGGCUAUGCUUUUGUUACCCUUGAUGAUGACGAUGCAGAUGACCUAAUAAGUAAAGGAGAUUUUGAUGCACCACUUUGCAUGAAUAGGUUCUUAAAUAUAAGUGAAACUCAGAAUAAAAAAAAAAGGAGACGUUACAUCGAAACCUUAAAUAACGCUAAUGAACCAAAAUACCCUAUUUCGAGUAUUGAACUUGGAAACUGGGCAGGUCAACUACCGAUAGCCGAUCAUAAAAGACGUGGAAGACGUCAAUUACCUACGCAAAAAUGGACAUUCCUAUGUGAUUGGAAAUACCCGGGUUAUUAUGUUAAACCCACCAUGUGCAUCUCUAAGGAAUCUGAUGCAAUUAUUAUAGACGGAUUUACCCUACCAUCAGAUCCACCAGAUCUUAAAAAUGAAAAACGAAUUAAAAUACCGAUUCGUUGGUUAAUGGAAUCUCAUCGUGGAAUCCUUCGAGAAUGCAAAAAUGAUUUCAUUUCUUUAUAUAUAUCACUUAAAUGUUCACCCAUACUUUUACGCAAAACUAAUGAAUCUACACAAAUAAGAAAAAAUACCAGAUUACUUUAUCAUACUUACGUAGAAGAAGAAUGGAUUAGAACAACCGAUUGGACAGGUUGUGUUAACGCUUUUGGAAGGUAUUUAGUAUACCGCCUGAUAUUUACUGAAAAUCUUGAGGAGAUCAGAAACCGCUUAAAUCACAUGCAAAUCCCUGGUAUCCCAACUUGUAUUCCUCAAUGUAUAGUCUCAUGUGAGGAAACACCAAAAAAUCCAGAGUCUUAUCUUAAAGGAAUAUUUGAAAUUUUACCAUUUAGAAUUUGUUUUAAAUUAGAAUCUUUAAUUUCACAUGGAAUAAUAACAAUAUAUGAAAUUAUGGAGUAUAAAAUUGGUGAAAAGUUGAUUAAUCUUAUUUUGGAAGAAAAGGAGACAAUGGCAUGGCAUUGCCUUAAUCAAAUGGCAGUCCAACACUGGGAUCCGGCUGAUGAUAGAUAUAAUAAACGACCAGUUGAUAUCUUUGGAAUUGCAUUAAACAAUUUCAGAGGAAAUCAUGAUGAAUGGCAUCCGGCCAAUCCAAAUAUUUAUUUAAACGACAAUAAUCGUUACGCUUGGAUAAAUCACGCGACUAUAACACCAGUUAAAAUUUAUUUCAAUGGCCCGGAAUAUGAAUCUUCGAAUCGUAUUCUUCGACAAUAUCCGGAACACGUUGAUAAAUUUAUUCGCGUUACAUUUAAAGAAGAAAAUUUCGAUCGAUUAUUUAAUGAACAAGAAACAGAUUUAUAUGAUUUUAGAAUUAGUAAAGUAUUAAAAGAUGGGUUCAUGGUGGCUGGAAGACAGUAUGAAUUUCUUGCUUUUUCAUCUUCACAGUUACGUGAAUGCUCAUGUUGGUUCGUAGCCUCAGAUAAGGAUUUUAAUGCAAAUAUGAUACGUGAAUUGAUGGGAGAUUUUAGUGAUAUUAAAGCUCCCGCAUUGUAUGCCGCUCGGAUGGGCCAAUGCUUUACUAGCACAAUCGGUACUCUAGAACUAAAUGAGGACCAGAUAGAAAAAAUUCCAGAUAUUGAACGAAAUGGCUUUGUAUUUAGUGAUGGUUGUGGUAAUAUUUCACCAGGCCUUGCAAAAGUUGCAACCAAGCAUUACUGGGGUACAGAACAAAAUGAUGAAAUACCAUCUGUCUUUCAGUUUAGAUUCGGAGGUUAUAAGGGAGUUGUCUCCGUUAAUCCAGAUUUAGAUGGGAACGUUAUAUGUAUACGCCCUAGUCAAAUAAAAUUUGAAGCACCAAUCGCGAUGAAUUUAGAAAUUGUAAAAGCAGUGAAAAAACCAUUACCUGCACACCUAAAUAGGCAAAUUAUUAUGUUAUUAUCUUCACUUGGCGUUAAAGAUGAUAUUUUUGUCGAACUACAAAAUAAUGCAAGAACGAGUAUUGAUUCUGUGAUGCGAGAUCCUCUGAAGGCCAGCGAGAUGGUGAAAAGAAGUUCGGGAGCAAAGGAAUGUUCUCAUGUUACUCGCACUAUCCUUAGUAUGAUUGAAGUGGGGUUAAUGGAAGAGGAUGAGGAACCUUAUUUAAAGGGACUCUUAGAAUGCAAGCGGAUAUCUGCAUUAAAAAGCUUAAGAUACAAAGCGCGUAUUCCAGUCCCACAAGGAUACACGUUAUUUGGAGUCCUCGAUGAGACUGGAAUUCUUGAACCUGAUCAAAUUUACAUACAGACUUCCACAAUAAUAUCCGAAAAUAACACGUUUAGUACGGCUAAAAAUAAAACUCGAAGAAAACAUGAAGUGUUAACCGGUCCUGCAGUAAUUGCGCGAAAUCCAAGUUUACAUCCUGGUGAUAUAAAAAUCGUCUGGGCUGUAGAUGUUCCACAAUUAAGCCAUCUUAAAAAUUGUGUUGUUUUCAGUCAAAAAGGAGAACAACCAUUACCUAAUUGUUUGAGUGGUGGUGAUUUAGAUGGAGAUGAAUUUUUUGUAUGUUUUGACGAACGUAUCUUUCCAGAAAUCGAUAAUGACCCUAUGGACUAUAGUCCUCCAAAAAGAAAAACUUUGGAUAGACCAGUGGAGAUUUCGGAUAUUCGCGAAGUCUUUAUAAAUUUCAUGAAAAACGAUCGUAUUGGAAUAAUUGGAAAUUUACAUCUAGCAAUUGCAGAUUUUCAGCAAGAGGGUGUAUAUAACCCACAAUGUUUGAAAUUAGCAGAACUGCAUUCAAAGGCAGUCGAUUUUAAUAAGACUGGUGUUCCUGUAAUCGAAAAGCUUCCAAUAAUGGAUGAAUAUCCAGACUUUAUGGAAAAUAAAACUAAGAGUGAAUAUAAGUCGCAAAAGAUUCUAGGCAAAUUAUAUAGAAAUAUAGAAGUUGAUCAUCCGAAAGAUGACCCAUUAUUAAAUUACAAAUCAGAUAACAUUGUUCCAAAAAAAGAAUUCCUUGCACAAGGAUAUGAAAAUUAUUUAGAAGAAGCCGAAAUAUGUAGAGACACAUAUAACAAUGAAAUACGUAGUCUAAUGAAAAAAUUUAGGGUUAAAACAGAACCCGAAAUCAUAACAACAAAUCUUCUUGGUUUUCGACGAGUAGACGGACGAAAAACUCAAGAUAUUCGUGAAUCUAUAUCAGGAACAAUUUCCUAUAUAAUUCAUAAACAUCGAAAGCGUUUUUUGGCAGGAUUACAAGAUAAUGUAGAUAAUGUUAAUACUGACAAUGGCACUUAUCAUUUACAUAUUCCAAUCACUAAUGAAACAAAAGCUAAAGCAUCAGCUUGGUAUUACGUAACUUAUGAUGAUGAAUCUCCAGAUCCUAGUGAUGAUAAGAGACUGUUAAGUUUUCCAUGGACAGUCGCUGAUGUUCUUUUAAAAAUCAGAGAAGAAAACAUGUUACUAAAUAUUAUAAAUUAA